AUAGAAAGCAUUUCCCCUUCGCCGCCAGUGUUCACAAAAUUUUCUUAAUACUUGCGUUGAAUCACCAAAUAUGUCAUUAGUCUUCUUCCUUCUAGCCCUCCCUCUCUUCUUCUUUCUUCUCUGCAAACAGAGAAGCAACGGCAGGAAUACCAAUUAUCUUCUUCCACCAGGUCCAUCAGGCUUUCCUUUAAUAGGAAACUUACAGCAGCUCAACAAAUCGGCUCCUCAUGUUUAUCUUUGGCAACUCUCUCAAAAAUAUGGCCCUCUAAUGACCCUCAAACUUGGUUGCCGAAAUACUCUAGUAGUUUCUUCAGCAAAAAUGGCUAAAGAGGUCUUGAAAACCCAUGACCUAGAUUUUUGUAGUAGGCCUCUGUUUUUUAGCCAUCAAAAGCUGUCCUACAAUCGCUUAGGCUUGGGUACAUCCCCAUAUAAUACUUAUUGGAUGGAGAUCAGAAAAAUCUGCACCAUCCAUCUCUUUAACUCAAACAGGGCUGAACUCUAUCGUCCCAGUCGAGAAGACGAAGUUUCUGUGAUGAUUGACAAGAUAUUGAAAUCAUCUACCCCUUCAAAGCCCAUCAAUUUGAGCCAAGCUAUGAUUUGUCUUGCAAGUGCUUUCAUCUGUCGCAUCGCUUUUGGCAAAAGAUAUGAAGAUGAAGGGACGGAAAUAAGUAGGUUUCAGGGAUUAUAUGCGGAAAUUCAGGCCAUGCUUGUAAGCUUUUUUGUCUCAGACUACUUUCCUUCAAUGGGUUGGAUUGAUCGAUUUACCGGAAGGACUUCUCGUCUUGAAAAAGUUUUCAAAGAAAUGGAUGCUUUUUGUCAGCAACUCAUUGAUGACCAUCUUGAUCCAAAGAGACAACAAGCUAAACAAGAAGAUAUAGUUGAUGUUCUCCUCAAGAUUAUGAAGGAUUCCCAGUAUACUUUUGAUAACAUCAAAGCCAUUCUUGUGGAUGUAUUUGUUGCUGGAACAGACACAAGUUCUGCUACGGUGAUCUGGGUUAUGACGUUUCUAAUUAAACACCCAACAGUUAUGAAGAAAGCACAAGACGAAGUAAGGAAUUUGGCCGGGAAAAAAGGAUUUGUAAAUGAAGAUGAUAUUCAAGAUCUACCAUACCUGAAAGCCGUAGUCAAAGAAACAUUUAGACUACAAGGUACAGCUCCAUUACUUGCACCACGGGAAACAAUUCGAGACUGCAACAUAGGUGAGUACAAAAUUCCAGCAAAAACGUUAGUUUAUGUGAAUGCAUGGGCAAUAGGAAGGGAUACUGAAGCUUGGGGCCAAAACGUUGAAGAGUUCAAUCCUGAGAGAUUCAUAGGUAGUUCCAUUGACUAUAAAGGACAAGAUUUUGGGCUUAUACCAUUUGGCUCUGGUCGGAGAAUUUGCCCUGGAAUGAAUAUGGGAGCUACCACGGUGGAGCUUGUGCUUGCUAAUCUCCUUUACAAAUUUGAUUGGGAAAUACCUUUUGGGAUGAAGCAGGAAGAUUUAGAUUUUGACACAGCUCCUGGGAUUACGAUGCACAAAAGAAAUGCUCUUUACCUUAUGGCUAAGGAAUGCAAAUAUUGAAGUAAAGGCAUUUAGCAAUAGAAAGAAAAUAAAAGGAAAUGCUCUUU